AUGCGGCUGUUCGCGCUCUUGCUGCGCGUGGUGGCCACUUUACCAUUGUCUCUUGGAACUACCGCGCAACAAUGCUCGAGCCGUGAGGACUAUACAGCUCGCACUCAAGCAGAGAUUGACAAGAUAACCCAGAACUGCACCACGAUUGCAGGCGAGCUUGGUCUUGUGGACUGGUCCGGGCCGCUCACGCUUCCCAAUAUCACGCGUAUCAAUAGUAUCACGCUCUAUUCCGGCAACAUCACCUCCAUUGAGCUUCCCGCGUUGGAGUACCUGGGUAGUAACUUGCUUCUCACGGACCUGCCUUCGUUGCGCAGGGUGUAUCUGCCUAGACUGGAGUACAUUGAGGGCCUCUACGUAGACUUUGCGAGCGACGCACCGGAACUGCAUUUGCCAAAGCUGACCAACACAUCGUCAAUUUAUCUACGAGGCAACUUCUCAGAUCAGUCGUUCGACUCUUUGCGCCGUGUUGAGAAGAAAUUCGAUAUCUGCAAUGCUGUCAGCUGCGGCUAUUAUUCUCGCAUGGAGGCUUACACCCCGAUGAGCCUUUCCUUCCCGGUUCUUGAGAGUGUGGGUAGCUUCAUAGUGGCCGGGAAUGUGUCAAGUCUCUCGCUACCUGAACUCAGUACACUCACAUGCAGAGAAUGUGACUGGGCGGCACUGCAACUAAAGCUCUACGGCUCCUCACGGAUACCAGUUGACCUACCCAAACUGAGUUCGGUGAACGGUUCUCUCAACAUCCGAGGGGAUAUUGACUCCAUAUCCCUCCCCUCCCUACAAGAAUACACGCGCGAGCUCAUCAUCACGCCCUACGAACCCCUAAAUAUAACCCUACCGGUCGAAAAGGCAGAGGACUUUUUGUUCACCGGCAAUAUCACAAGCAUCCAACUACCCAACAUCAAAGACUUCACUCGGAUCCACAUCGACUCGGAUCUUGACUUUGAUUGCGACGAGCUCUGGGAAGACCUUGAUCGGACGAGCGGGCCGCUGAAUGAGAGUUGCAAGGAGGAGUAUUUCCAGUGCUCGGUGGGUGUGUCUUGCUAUGCAGGAAGACUACAGACAGUUGCUGUAGCUCUCGGUCUCGUGCUUGGGAUGGGAUUUUUGACGUGA